CUCGAGAUUCGGCCGAUCUGAUCCGCUGUACAUCCGCGACUCGAGUGACGUGCUCGUGACGAAACGUCCAUCCGAAAAGAUCAAAGGAAGCGCAAGGAUCAAACGUUUCGGGUGAAAGGUCAUUGACCACAGAAGUAUAAAGCCUAAGCCGUAAGGCGUGUUUGCUUCUUCUCGUCAGUGGCAAUGAACUUUCUCCUCCUCCUCGGAAUUCAUCUCGAGACUCUCCCAACCGAUAUCUUUCCCGUGCGACCGUCAAUGAAAAUGCAAGUCCCUAUCCGUCCCGAAAUGCCCACCAGGGCCGGCAGUUCUAAAAGGGUCAGCAUCAUGUCCCUCUCGCCCAGCCAACGGUACCAGGGUAAACCCUUGAAAGGAGCCAUGUCCCGACCUCUUACUCCCAUGUACAAGUUCCCAAACUCUCCCGUCGAACCCCACACUCCCUACAACUCUCUUGCUGGGGCUCAUCACCAUGAGAAGGGUCACACGUCUCCCGUCAGGAGGACUGGGACGCCCCUUGUCGAAGGUCUUACUCGAAGGUUGCAGGAAUGGCAAGGUGAUAAGGAGGAAGGCGAGAGACGAGCCGUACCUCUGAGUCCUCCCACUCCACGAGCCAGUACGCCGUCGUCGAUCCAUGAGCUCUCUUCCAAGUUGGCUACGUCCUUGAUGUUUCAAGGCAAUCUUCGGUGCCAACGUGGAGACGACGAGAAUGUUGAGACCCCUACUGGGUCUGGACUGAGGAACUCUUACAUCGUACCCAGAGGUUCCCCUCGCGUCAUCGGGACUGGCAACAUGUCACCAGUCUUGCGCGGUCCGUCGUCCUUCCGUGCAUAUCAUCAAGGCCCCAAGGAAGAAUCCACCUGGUUUGAUGGAACUGAUGCGAGAGCAACCGCUUCAAAGAACUCCUCGCCGCAACAAGAACAGACCGAAGAUCACACUCAAAAUCAGACCCAGAGCGAAAAAAGAGCCAUCCCAUCCUUCAGCGAUCAGCCAAAAGAGCGUACCUGAGUCGGGGAGCAAAGCGUUAGAAAAGGUAUAGGUUGGAGGAGGAGUCAGGCAUUUGUAAUUUUCCCGUGAUUGUCGAGGUUCCGAAUAAUAUACACAGGGUGAAGUUCUUCG